AACUGCUUCUGUGAUGCAUAAGUAUAUUGCCCCGUUUCCUUAUCACAUUUGUUUUUGUUUUUGGUUUUAUUUUCAAAUCUGAAGCAUUUCUGUUUCAGGUUGUGUGCUAAAUUCUUUCCACCUGUCCUAGAUUCCAUAAGCACGCCCUGUGAGCAAUGUUUUUCUUUCAUAACAAAUCAAUAAACAUACUUUCCGCUGGCUUGGGUGCCACUACAAAUUGGGUUCCCUUCCCUCGAGUCAUUUGCCUGCUGCUCCCGGAUCAUGCAAAGCCUCAUCAUACCACCUCUGCGGCCUAUCAGGCAGGCUUAUCUCAUCGUACCUUUGCGUACAACUCUGAUUCAUCCAUAGCCUUGGCGUACAACUCUGAUUCAAAUCGUUGUCAUUUGUCAAUUGUUGAUAAUCAACUCGCCUCUGUAGUUUCCCAUGCGAAAGCUCCACGACACUCACACGCAACUGCUCCAUCAGCCAAUCAGAGCUGAGAGGGCCAAGUCCUGUGAACCGGCCCAAUUAUUCAACUCAAAUGGCGUCAGCUUCGUAGAGGCCGUGUCACUCUGAUUUGUUCUCUAAGCACGCGCCAUUUCAGAUUCAUAUCACCAGCUAAUUGAUCCAAUUGCUAUCGGGUCAGCCGUCGCCAUGUCGUCGUCGCUGUACAAGCAGAUGGGCCUUUCCGGAGCCGGCUCCCCGCUCACCGGCCGCCACGUCGCCCUCCUCAUCCUCGGCGCCGGCUUCCUCGCGCUCACCGUCUUCGUCGUGCACCCCAACGAGUUUGAAAUCCAAUCCUUCUUCGCAGGCGGCGGCAGCAGCAGCAGCUGCGACCGCCGCCCCGGCACGGACACAGCUGCUGCCGCAGCCACCAGUCCCCACGGUGCCACCACCACCACCACCACGGAGAAGGAGCUCGCCGCAGCACGGGCGCCGGCGCCGGCUCCGGACGACGACGACGACGACGUGCGCGUCCUCAUCGGCAUCCAGACGCUGCCGAGCAAGCGCGCGCGGCGGCACCUGCUGCGGGACGUCUACUCGCUGCAGGCGCAGGAGCACCCGUCGGUGGCCCGCGGCGUGGACGUCCGGUUCGUGUUCUGCAACGUGACGUCCCCCGACGACGCGGUGCUCGUGGCGCUGGAGGCCAUCCGCUACGGCGACAUCAUGGUGCUGGACUGCGCGGAGAACAUGGACAACGGCAAGACGUACACCUUCUUCUCCACCGUGGCGCGCGCGUUCAGCGGCAGCGACCGGCGGCGGCGGCCGAGGAGGAGGUACGAGUACGACUACGUGAUGAAGGCCGACGACGACACGUACCUGCGUCUGCCGGCGCUGGUGGCGUCGCUGCGCGGCGCGGCGAGGGAGGACGCCUACUACGGGCUGCAGAUGCCGUGCGACACGGAGAACUUCUACCCGUUCCCGCCCUUCAUGUCCGGGAUGGGGUACGCGCUGUCGUGGGACCUGGUGCAGUGGGUGGCGUCGUCGGACCUGGCACGGCGCGAGCAGGACGGGCCCGAGGACAUGUGGACGGGGCGGUGGCUCAACCUCGCCGGCAAGGCCAAGAACCGGUACGACAACGCGCCCAGGAUGUACAACUACAAGGGAGCCUCGCCGGACAGCUGCUUCCGGCACGGAUUCGUCCCGGACACCAUCGCCGUGCACAUGCUCAAGGACGACGCGAGGUGGGCCGAGACGCUCGCCUACUUCAACGCCACCGCCAGCCUCCCGCGCUCCGGCGGCCUAUACCACCUGCCGGUGCCGGCGGCCAGCCCCUGACGAGACGACGAGCUCGAUCAAGUGUUGUUGAACCGUUCGUCGGCCUUUUGCCGGUUCGCUCUCGUCGGCCCCUGAUGCGUGCGUUGAAUUGAAUAGUGUGAUCAAGGGUUGGUGGCGGUAGUUAGGCCAGAGGAUAUAUAUAGGUAAUAGUAUACGUGUUCGUUCGGAGUUGCCGUGUUGCUGAAUUAUACUACAAUGACGUAAUUGAUUUUUUUUGUUUUUGUUUUGAGAUUUCGAGUCUCGAGAAUCGAUUUUGAUGGUCUUGUUUGAUGUCAGCCAAA